AUGUUGACCUCAAGGCUCCCAACAGUUCCUUUCUUGAAGGCUGAAGUGACUCAGCUGGUUCAGCUUCACAUAAUAGAUCUCCGCUGCAUGCCAGAAGCAUUGCCAUAUUUUGUCACCCCAAAGGAAGUUGAUGAAAAUUCAACACUCUUGCAACAAUUGCCACAUUGGCCGGUUCAGGCUUUACGCUAUGAUGAAGGGAGGUUGGUUGAAGGAUAUUUGCUCAGAGCUGCUCAAAGGAGCGAUAUAUUUGCUCAUAUUCUGAUAUGGCCUCUACAGGAUGAGCAAUAUGGUCCAGAAUUGGGAAAAGAUGCAGCCUCUGAAAAGAAUAGUUCAUUUCAAGCAUUAUUUCGCAUCUAUUUCUGGUAUACUUCUGCCACUGCUUUUGGAGCCAUGAGUGUUUUUCAGACUUUUCUAGAGGCUGCUGAAGGCAUGCUUAAGGAGAAUGUUGUUGGGAACAGAGCAGUUGGGUCGUAUGGAGUAAAUAUUCUUCAAAGCCAUAUAAAAGACUCCAAGAGUCUGUCUAUUUUGACAUAUUGCAACGCUGGAAGUCUUGCAACAACUGGAUAUGGCACUGCUCUCGGCAUAAUCUGUUUCUUCUAUGCUGAAAGAAUUUUAUAG